AUGGCGUGGAGAUCUCAUACUAAACGCAGUGAUGUGUCAAAACUGUAUUUUCUUCUCUCAUCCUUCUUAAGGUAUGACCAUGGAGGAGAGUGCAGGAUUAAACCAGGACCCAGAAAAUAUGCCUGUGAGCUCACACUGGACCCAAACACAGCACACAGAGAACUCUCUCUCUCUGAGUGGAACAGAAAGGUGACAUAUGGGCAGCAGCAGCAGCAGUAUCCUGACCACCCAGAGAGAUUUGUCUCCCACACAUGUCAGGUGCUGUGUAGAGAGGGUCUGUCUGGACACCACCCAGAGAGAUGUGACCGUCUGGGUCAGAGUCUAGUCAGCACGGGUCAGUCUGGACGCUACUACUGGGAGGCUGAGUGGAGAAAUGGCGCUGAUAUAGCAGUGGCCUAUAAGAGCAUGGAGAGGAAAGUGAGUGGGCAGAGCAGCAGGUUUGGAGGUAAUGCCAAGUCCUGGAGUCUGUCCUGCUAUAGUAACAGUUACUCUGCCUGCCACAAUGAUAAGGAGACUGCCAUACGUGCCCCCUCCUCCCGCUCCAGCAGAGUAGGAGUGUACCUGGACUGGCCAGCAGGCACUCUGUCCUUCUACAGCGUCUCCUCUAACACACUCACCCACCUGCACACGUUCCACUCCACAUUCACUGAGCCCCUCUAUCCUGGGUUUUGGACUCUCUCCUCAGUGUCCCUGUGCCAGAUCACAUGACCUCCUAAUCCUGCAGCAGAGGAGUGCCACGCACCUGUUUACACACUCCUGUGUGUGUGUGUGUGUGUGCGUGUGCGUGUGUGUGUGUGUUUGUGUGCGCGCGCUUUGUGUUUGUGUGUGUUUCCACAGGAGAGGAGCGCCACACACACUACUAUGUGUCCCUUCUAUUGCCUCAUCUGUUUCUUUUUGUGUGUGUGUGUGUUUAGUAUGUCUCUUUCUCUCUCUCUCUCUCUCUCUCUCUCUCUCCGUGUGUGUGUGUGUGUGUGUGUGUGUGUGUGUGUGUGUGUGUGUUAUUUUUAGCUUCUUCUGUGCUUCAUCAUUCUUCCCUCUGUUGUUGGUCUCUGUCAUUGCUGCAGAUUAAUAAGAUUAUAAAAUGAACAUACAGUGAGAGUGGACAUGUUUUCUCAGGGCUGGGAGUGUUAAUCCACCGUUAUUUUGCAUCUAUAUUCUGAUAUGCUUGAGAGUGAGUCUUCAUAUGCUUGAAAGGCAUUCCUUUUAUUUGAAUAAUAAGUUAAAUAUGUCAUUGGUGAAAUUGGUUAAAAUGGCUUAAAGGGAACAGAAUGUAAGUCAUAGGAAAAUGAAAUACAAAUAAAUAGUCAUGAGAUAAAAA